CUUGAGAACCACCACGCCAUUCAGCUUCCGACCCUCGAGUGCGACCUGCUCCGUUUGACCCUUUUCGAUCAUCCUUGUUCUCUGCACCGCCGGUGCCCGUUUUCACCAUGAAGCUCGUCCGAUUUUUGAUGAAGUGCGCCAACGAGACGGUGACCGUUGAGUUGAAGAAUGGAACAAUCCUCCACGGCACCAUCACCUCGGUCUCCCCGCAAAUGAACACCUCUCUGCGCACCGUCAAAAUGACCCCCAAAGGCCGCGACCCCAUCUCCCUCGACACCAUCAACAUCCGCGGCUCGACGAUCCGCUACUACAUCCUGCCCGACAGUCUGCCCCUGGACACGCUGCUCGUCGACGACCAGCCCAAGCCGAAGAACAAGGCGCGCAAGGAGGCCGAUCGCGGCGGUCGUGGUGGGCGCGGCGGUCCGCGUGGUCGCGGCCGGGGUCGUGGCCGUGGUCGUGGGCGGGGCUUCUAGGGGUGGAAAAGUUUAUAGAUUCGGUUUGGGAGUUUGAUUCCUUUUGAUUUGUCGACUUUUUUUUUAAUUCAUUUCGAUGCUUGAUUGUGGAUUUUGAUCUUGGUUUUUCUACGGGUGUGGUUGAUAUGGGUGGUAGGGGUUUGCUCCGUCGACUAUCUACCUGAGGAUCUGGUUUGUUUGAUUGAUGGGGAGGGAUUGCUCGAUGGUUUAGCUGGUUUGUGUCUGGCCUCCAUCUUUCGACCUCUGUCAGAUCGCCCGUGUGGGGAUAUCUCGAUUGAAGAAAGGAGAAAUCCGUUGAGACGGUGUCGGAGGGCUAUGGCCGCUCGAACAUGACCUGCUUCGUUGAUGCAUCUGAAUGGCAUGGUGGAUCUAGAACCAAAAGCCGCCUCACCUGUGGCAGGCGAUGAUAUCCUGUACGAAAGAACGUCGACAUCUGAUAUGCAGUGUCGCGUACCACGCAAUGAGAUUAAAGAUACCUCCAAUCGUUGGCGUAGUUCUG